AUGAAUCUCACGGAAUAUUCCCAAAUAUUUAUCCUUUCACUAUGCACCCUCAACUUCUGCUUCUUUGUUAUAAACUCCGACGACAACGGCGAAUGGGAAAGUGGCCACGCCACUUUCUACGGCGGAGCUGAUGCAUCCGGCACUAUGGGAGGUGCAUGUGGGUACGGUGACUUGUACAGCCAAGGCUACGGACUACAAACCGCGGCGCUGAGCACGGCUUUGUUCAGAAACGGUCAGAAGUGUGGGGCCUGUUUUGAGCUACGGUGUGAGGAUGAUCCUCAGUGGUGCCUCCCUGGUUCCAUCAUCGUCUCGGCUACAAACUUUUGUCCUCCAAACUUUGCCUUAGCCAAUGAUAAUGGUGGUUGGUGCAAUCCUCCCCUUGAACAUUUUGACUUGGCCGAGCCUGCCUUCCUCCAAAUCGCUCAGUAUCGAGCUGGGAUCGUUCCUGUCGCAUUUAGGAGGGUUCCAUGUGAGAAAUCUGGAGGGAUAAGGUUUACGAUAAACGGGAAUUCGUACUUCGACCUCGUGCUGAUCACAAACGUGGGUGGUGCUGGAGAUGUUAGAGCCGUUUCUUUGAAAGGCUCAAAGACUGGUCAGUGGCAAUCCAUGUCCAGAAACUGGGGACAGAAUUGGCAAAGCAACACUUACCUCAGAGGUCAAAGCCUCUCCUUUCAAGUCACUGCUGGUGAUGGUCGGACUGUUGUGAGCUACGAUGUUGUGCCUCAGGAUUGGCAGUUCGGUCAAACUUUUGAAGGAGGACAGUUCUAG